AUGUUGCAGAGGUUUGUGGAGCUGAAGGAUGAAAUUAAAUGUGCGAUAAGCAAUUUAGACUCGCCAAGUCGCCUAGCCAUAAUGAACUAUGAAUGGGACGUCUGUGAAUCACUGAUUAUGGUACUGGAGUCGUGCGAAGAGGUGACUAGAGAAAUGAGUGGCCAAAAAUACGUUAGUGGUUGCUCAGUGCUGCCUAUAACGGUCGGUCUCACCAGUGCACUCAAUGAGAUUGCUGAUCCAGCUUAUCAGCAAAAUAGCAAUUUAAAAGUUUUCGCCGAUAAAGUCGAAAUGUGUCGACAAGAACUGCUGUCGGAAAUAACUUCCAGACUCGCGAACAUGGAAAAUAGUAAAACUUUCACUACAUCCGUGUUUCUCGACCCACGGUAUAAAUUAUAUUUGAAAAUCAAGCAAUUGCCGACAACACAAAAAACACGUCAUAGCGUUGGUGACUGCGAUGAUAAACGAACCCAGCGUGGCCUUACCAUCUACGUCACGACAGGGAGAAACGGCAGCCACCAGAAGACCGAAUAG